GGGGCGGGGCCGGCCCGCGCGGCUGCGAGCCCCGCAGCGCAGGAGCGAGCGAGCGGCGAGCGGCCGAGCGCGCCUCGCCCCGUCGCGCGCGAUGCUCCCCUGGACGGCGCUCGGCCUGGCCCUGAGCCUGCGGCUGGCGCUGGCGCGGAGCGGCGCGGAGCGCGGUCCCCCAGCAUCAGCCCCCCAGGGAGACCUGCUGUUCCUGCUGGACAGCUCAGCCAGUGUGUCUCACUACGAGUUCUCCCGGGUUCGGGAGUUUGUGGGGCAGCUGGUGGCUCCAAUGCCCCUGGGCCCUGGGGCCCUUCGUGCCAGCUUGGUGCAUGUGAGCAGCCAGCCAUACACCGAGUUCCCUUUCGGCCAGCACAGCUCAGGAGAGGCUGUCCGGGAUGCCAUACGCACUGCGGCCCAGCGCAUGGGUGACACCAACACUGGCCUGGCACUGGCGUAUGCCAAGGAGCAGCUGUUUGCUGAAGCAGCAGGUGCCCGGCCAGGGGUGCCCAAGGUGCUAGUGUGGGUGACAGAUGGUGGCUCCAGCGACCCCAUGGGGCCUCCCAUGCAGGAGCUCAAGGACAUGGGCGUCACCGUCUUCAUCGUCAACACUGGCCGUGGCAACCUCCUGGAGCUGUCAGCUGCCGCCUCAGCCCCUGCUGAGAAGCACCUACACUUUGUGGACGUGGACGACCUGCACAUCAUCGUCCAGGAGCUGAGGGGCUCGAUUCUCGACGAGAUGCAGAAGCAGCAGCUCCGGGCCUCCGAGGUCACCUCCAGCAGCUUCCGCCUGGCCUGGCCACGCCUACUGACCACCGACUCCGGCUUCUACGUGCUGGAGCUGGUGCCCAGGGCCGGGCUCGGGGCCCCGAGACGCCAGCAGCUGCCGGGCAACGCCACGGACUGGACCUGGGCGGGCCUCGACCCCGACACUGACUACGACGUGGCGCUGGUGCCGGAGUCCAACGUGCACCUCGUGAGCCCCCAGCACCUGCGAGUGCGCACGCGGCCGGCCGAGCCGCCCCCCUCUGCCCCCGAGGAGGCCGGGCCGGCGCGCAUCGUCAUCUCGCACGCCCGGCCGCGCAGCCUGCGCGUGAGCUGGGCCCCGGCGCUGGGCGCGCCCGCCGCGCUCGGCUACCACGUGCAGUUCGGGCCGCUGCGGGGCGGCGCGGCGCAGCGCGUGGAUGUGCCCGCGGGCCGCAACAGCACCACGCUGCAGGGCCUGGCGCCGGGCACCGCCUACCUGGUGACGGUGACGGCCGCCUUCCGCUCCGGCCGCGAGAGCGCGCUGUCGGCCAAGGCCUGCACGCCCGACGGCCCGCGCCCCCGCGCGCCGCGACCCCCGCCGCCCGCCGCCCCGGCCCGGGGGCCGUGAGCCCUGCGCGCCCGCGUCGCCGAGGGGGCCGGAGCCGAAGCCAAGGUUUUGCCCGGGGGACGGGGUGCUGGCCCGUCCUUUGCCCCACGGGGUCUCCGCGGGCCGCCAGUCCUCUCCCGGUGGCCGCAGGCUCCCAACGCCUGCCUGCUCUGCGCGUGCGGUGGCCGCCCUCUCCCCUCCCCGCCUGGAGCCGGGCACCUGUGUGGGACUUUGGGCAGGAGUAGCCGGAAGAUGGACAGGGAGGCCGGCCACCAGACCUCGCGCUGUGUGAAAGGCCGUGCCCUCUGGUGGCACGGGCUGGAGGGAGCUUGGUCCCUAAGCCCUCAGGGCCACUGGGAUCCUGGAUAUUGGUGAAAAGGGGCAGGGCCGGUCCCCAAAGGCUGCCUAAGGGGAAGGAAGGGCAGAGAGGGAUGCCAAGAGGUAGAGGUGGUGCCAGGUGUCUUCACCAGGACACCUGCUGGCCUGGAGGGCAAUGCCUGCCGGGGACUGUGGCCCUGCCUUCCUGUUCAGGACCCCAGCUAGGCCAGGCUAGCAGCCACCGGGAUGUGGAGGGUGCUUUUGGGAGGAGCGGGACCAGAGCCUGGAACUCAGGACCUUGAGGACAGGAGAGUCCAACACACACCGACGGGCUCGCAGGCCAGCAGUCCUGUGUCUGGGAGACAGACGGAGCAGGGAAGAGGUUCCCCAGGGUGGGGUCCCCCAUGGCUCUGCAGCAUCUGACACCAAGGGCUAGCUCCUGGCACCGCUCGUUAUCCUGGGCCAUCAGACAGGUUGCCAAGGGCAGGGUGCGUGGAUGUCCCUGGCCCCCAUCUGCUCCCAGAGUUGCCUGCAUCACUCAACACUCAUAUCACCUCUCUUCCCCACUAACGUCCCAGACUUUAAAACUCAGUAAACCAGAUGUAAACUA